AUGGCGUUACCUGCCAGGUGGUUCCUCAGCCAGACCUGCAAGAAGAUUGUCGAGGUAGUGGAUGGCAAGGUGAAGCACUAUGAUGGCGAUUUCCGUUUCUACAUGGACAGCAACGCCGACGUUCGUCGCAAGGUUGAAGAGCACUACACUGGUAUCGACGGCCUCAUUGAGUCGGUCCCUGCAUCCCUGGAAGAACGACGCAAGAAGGAGCGCAAGGGCCUGAGAAAACACCGACGAGCGCGAGUUGUCGAGGAGCGACAGCAAGUUCUGAACAGCAGCUUCCUUUCAAGCCGUGAAUGGCGACGAUGA